UCAAACGGCAGGGCUCGCGCGCGGCGGCGCUGCGCCGCUCAGUCUAGUCGAGCCGGCGGUCCUGUGAGGAAGUCCUGUUGGUCCAUGCUGUUUACUCGGAGACAAAAAGAUCAUGAGAAAAGCUUUUCGGAAGUGGCUGUAAGUAGUUCGAGUAUCGGGCAGUUUCGAAUUCUUCCGCUCGCGCUCCGCGGGCGGCCAUUUUGUUUCAACGGUCAAACGGCAGAGCUCGUCGCUGAUGGCGCGGCCGCGGCGUCGCUCCGCUCAGUCGACUGUCGAGCCGGCGGCCGAGUGAGGAGGUUUUGACGCUUGAUGGUGUUCACUUGAGACGGGAGAAAAAAGAACGAAGACUUUUUUAGUCCCUGAGAAAAAGUCGUUUCCGCUAAUAAAAGGCAUAAAAACUCACAAGAAAAACCAAGAAGUGGCUGUAGUGCGAGUUGCCGCGUCGUUUCGAAUUUCUCCCCUCGGUCGGGUGGCGGCCAUUUUGAUUCCGCUCUCGUUCCAACUUCCAACCGCCAACGGUCCGUGUUCUUCGCUCGUUGCGGGUUCAGUCGAGUUGACGUUUCCGUGAGUAGAGGUGUCUUAUCUUGCCGGAUAUUUUUUUGAGGUAUUUGUUAGUUUAUUGCUUAAUAAUUGAUAGAGUCGAAUAAAGGAUACUAGUAGCGUGUAUCGGUGAAAUAGGACAACAUUGAGAAAAGUCUAUUAGAAUUUUUCGCGGCAUCAAACCUUAAAGUCUUUACGGGGUAGUGUGUCAGUUCGGAACGACAUUUCAAACCUUCGGCCACGAUGAAGGUUAAGAAGGAUUUGGUGGUAAAUCCAUUGAGCCGCACCAAACAGAAAAAAGUCAAAGAUGAGGAUGGCAAGGAAGCGAAGGAGGUUAUAAUGCCUCGAGAAACUGGCAUCAAUCAUAUCAAAUGUAAAGUCAUCAGGCAAAAGAAAAAUGCAGAGCUUCAAAGGCAGAAGAAAAAGGAGAAGAAAGAGAGGCGCAAGGCCAGAGAGCAGACUGGUGAACCAAAGCAAGUACCACACACAAUCGAAAGCCUCAGAGAAAAAGACGAGACCAUGAUUUAUGGAGAGAUCGAGGACGAAGACAACGAGGAAGUCAAAAUUGACAUGGAGCAUGAUGAGUUUGCACCAUACUACAGGCAAGAGUACGAGCCAAAAGUAUUAAUAACAUAUGCUGACAAUCCUCACACGAAAACAAGAAUUUUUGGUAGAGAGCUAACAAGAAUCAUACCAAACUCAACGUCGCUGUAUAGGAAUCGUUCAGGAGUAAAGAAAAUGGUCAAGAGUUGCAUUGAGAAUGGCUAUACCGAUAUCAUUGUUAUAAAUGAAGAUCAAUGCAAACCAAAUGGCAUGUUAAUUGUUCACUUACCUGAAGGCCCUACAAUGCAUUGCAAAUUGAGCAAUGUCAAAAUCACGCCAGAACUGAAACGAAGUCACAAAGAAAUUACCAAUCAUCGUCCUGAGGUGGUACUAAAUAAUUUCACAACAAGAUUGGGGCAUUCAGUCGCCAGAAUGUUUGGUGCUAUAUUCCAUCAUCAGCCAGAGUUUAAAGGAAGGCGAGUUGUUACAUUUCACAAUCAGCGAGAUUACAUUUUCUUUAGACAUCACAGAUAUGAAUUCAACCCAAAAACUGGAAAGCCAAGGUUACGAGAACUUGGCCCAAGGUUCACUUUGAGAUUGAGGUCUCUACAACACGGUACAUUCGAUAGUAAAUAUGGUAAUUACGAAUGGAUUAUACAAGGUAGACGCCAUCAAUUGGAGACCAGUAGAAGAAAGUUCUUCUUAUAGGCUACUGUUAAGGUAUUAGAGUUUAAAAUAAUUUACAAAAAAUAAGAUUGUAAUUAAUUAUUUUUAUGGCAAAUGUUUAUAAAAUAUAUUAAAACUAAAUCCAA